CCGAGGAAGCCCCGGUCACGCCGCGUGCCGCUGGGUAGAUUGAGUCUUUUUAUCGGGCUGCUUUAUUACUCUCUGAGUUCCCGGAUGAGGGGAGUCUCACCGUAGAGAUAGAGUCCACGCGCGCUCUCUCCAAGAACAUGGCUCUCGCGCUCCUCCGGGCGCCUCGCGCUCCUCUCCCGCUGCUGCCGCUGCUGCGCGUCUGGAUGUUCGUGUCCGCGAGCGCGCUGGAGAUGAUCGACGGUGACGCACCUGAGCUCAGCUGCAGCGAGGGUUUGACUGACUGCAGCGUGAGCUCAGCCGGACGCUUCGCCGCCGCUCUGGCCGAUCCAGACGACACGGUGACCGUGACACGCGUCCGGCUGAAGGCGGUUCUCCGAUGUUCAGCCGCCCAGGAAUGUGAACCGUACCUGCAAAUCAUCAUCGCCGUCCAGGACGUGAAUAAUACAAAGGAGCUGUGGGAGGAGUCUGGUUACCACGGCGACGAAGACGAGUUGUUUGGCGUUGAUCCGAUGUCGGAUGGAAGUGGUCACGUUGGACUUCCUGAGCCAAGAGCUCUGGUGAAAGUCUGUAUCAGCUCCCCCGGCGCCUUCGACCGCUGCAAGACGAUCCAGUUUCAAUCGAGCUCCUCCGGUGUCGACCGAGCGUCUUCCCACCGGCCCACGCACGAGCUGCUGUUGAUACAGAAAACAACGUUCGGCAGUCCCGUCGUGGUCCUCGUCUACGCACCUUCGAACGGAACGGACGUCGUCCGAAACAUCACAAUCCCGUCGUUGAAAGAAGUUUGCUCCAUGAAGCUUAAGGGGACUGAAAAGAAAUGUGAUGCUCCCAGACUCCGAGCCGUGACGGAUCGCCAGAGAAAUGUGGUCCUCCUCCAAAUGGAAAACACCGAUGUCCAGCCCAAGUGCCGAAUGGUGUGGAAUGAAACUGGAGAGGUUCUUGCGUGGCCCGAAGGCAAGAAGGAAAUGGUCCUUCCAUCACACUUCAUCGCACCGUGCCUGUGCCUUCAGGUGUGGUGCGAGGGAAAGGCGCUUCGAAGUGAAUUCUGCCCUUUCAUAAAUCAACAAGAUGCACUGGAAAGAAUGCAGCGCAAUGUGACGGUGACGGUGGAGGAGUCCCGGGGGAGGCGGCAGGGCGGCGCGGGGGGCCUGACCUGGAAUGUGACCUCCCCCUGCAGCCUGGAGGCCGAGGUCAGGCUGUGCGAGAAGGACCCGGCGGGAGGCCGCUGUGAGGAGGUGAGCGGCUCCAGGCAGACGCUGCACAGCCAAUCACACGCCGGCUGGAGCGCCACGCGCAGAGGACGUCAGAAAACGGGAGAGUUCAAUGUGUCGUCACACCCGCUGCUUUGUGUACAGAUAAAGCUUCAUGGGAUGACAUCAUUUUUAGAGCCCCAGUGUCCAUUUGCAACAUCUCGAUGGAGAUGGAGCCUCCCGAUCCUCCUCGGACUAAUACUGAUGUGUCUGGCCAUAGUUGGAACUUAUUUUAUACAAGGGAUCUUAAAAGGAUACAUGUGGAGAUGGUUGAAAGAAGAAGACGUUAAAGGUGCGGUAGGCGGUGGUCACGUGGUGUUGCUGUACCCGCCCGGUGACGACCCGGCUUUGCCGGAGCUGAUGAGUCACCUGGGCUCGUCCCUCCAGGCCCUGGGCUUCGGAGUGUCUCUGGACCUGUGGAGCCAGACCGAGCUCAGCGCGCUGGGCCCCGUGCCGUGGCUCCACUCCAGGCUGAACAGGCUGCAGAGGCAGGGGGGCAAAGUGGUGCUGGUCCUGACCCAGGCCGCCUGGGUAAAGGCUGAAGAAUGGGGAGCUCGGAGCUGGCAGAGAAGCUCUCCCUCGGAGGAGGCGGGCAGGAGCUCCGCCCCCUCUUCUCCCUGCUCGGACGUUUUCACCGCGUCCCUGAGCUGUGUCCUGGCGGACUACUUGCAGGGUCGCGCCGGUGAGCGCUUCAUGCUGGCGCAGCUCGAGGCCCUCCCGGCCGAGCCUCCCGGCGGUUUGCGGCCCCUGCCGGAGCUUUUCCGCGGCCUCCACGUCUACAGCCUCCCGUCCCAGAGCCUGGCCUUCCUGACCGAGCUGGCCGGGGCUCGGCAAAUGGCGACCGCGUCGGCCAGACGGAAGAGGGCGGGGGGCCUCCGGAUGGCGUCGCGAGCUCUGGCGCGCCGGCUGUCCGGGUUCGCGGCGGGGACGGCCGUUCUGCAGAGUUGUGUCGGGGCGGGAGUGGCGGAUUCGGGGGAGACGGUGCCCUUGAGGCCCCGUCUUGUCACGCCUCCCUCCAGUCCCGACUCCAACCACAAGGUCAGUGACGUGGAAUCGGUCUGAGGAUGAACACUUGACCCGGAGCAACGGGAAAAAGGGACUUCGAGAGCAUUUCUGUGCGAGAUGCUCACGUUGCAGAUUUUGCAUUUGCUGACGAAAAACAUCUGGGGUCCGGUGUUUUCACGCGUCGACGGAAAACGGGGAGCUUCAGAGAAAGCUCACGCAAAGUCAAGACUACCUAAAAAAAAGACUUUGAGGGGUUGAGACCAAAUCGAGACGAAUCUCAAUCAAGCAAUUUGCUCCCAAGUUAUUGUGGUUUGACAUAUUUACUAAUAUUUGACAUUCUGCAUGCACAUGUAGCGUGGUGCGUAUAGCACUUUACAUUUUAUUGUAAUUUUGCUGUGACUAAAAGGUGACGCUGUUGCAAGUAAGUUACCGCAACAGUAACUUUUUGACUUUAACCCUCCUGUUACCUUUACAUUUACUAACAUAUUUUACCCUCGGGGUCAAUUUGACCCCAGCAACUAAAACCUCCAGAAAAUUAUUAGAAUUAAUAUUGUUUCCCAAGUUUAAAUGUGAGGUACUUUAUGUUUGUUUGUUGACUACCUAAAUAGCCCUUUAAAUAUAUAAAAAAGUUGAUAUUUCUUAUAUGUUUGACACAGUGAAAAACAGCCUGGGGUCAAAUUGACUCCAAAGAACACCGACGUUAAACAUUGAAUGGGGUCAAAUUGACCCGAAAGGUAACAGGAGGGUUAAAUAUGUUUGACAGUAGAACAUUGACAUCAGUGCUUCAGCUCAGUUCAUUCACAACGUAGUUAAAAUACAGUGUAUAUAAGUCCUAGUUACAUUACAUGUCAUUUAACUAAUACUUAUAUUCUGUAUUUUAACUAUGUUGUGUAUUCUACGAGUGGAGAUAUGGGGAAUGGGACACCCUGAUAAGCUAUCUGAAGCUUGCGAUUGAGGUCCCAAAACACGAAGCAGAUGGUAUUAAAUAUCUAUAUUUACUAUCACCGCAGCCCACUGCUCCUUAAUAAUUAAGGAUGGGUUAAAUGCAGAGAACUAAUUUCCCCUUGGGGAUUAAUAAAAGUGUAUAUUCUAUUCUAUAUUUGGAAAAGUGAGUAUUAUGCAGUGAUAUUCACAACCUACAAAUCACCCUAAACACCAACUAACCCCAACUACUAAAUGACUCCAACACUUAUUGCUCCACACUAAACAUUCAUUAGAAAUCUUUGUGAGUAGGUUUUGUUGUAUGAUAUGAUAUGAUAUACCUUUAUUCGUCCCACAGUGGGGAAAUUUCAAAAAUAUGUAUGAUAUGUUAUGUAUGUUAUGUAUAUAUGAUAUGUUUAUUAUAUAAAUAAGUAUGAUACUGUCCCUGUGUUUUAUAGGACGAUACUAUACACUAAAUAUAGCUGCUGUACACUAGUCACUAAAUAAUAUUAGAAGAUGUACUGGUGUAGAAGUCACGGACCCUCUGGGUCUUCCUCAGUUAAACACGGUUAUCUGUCAGUACUUCCCCUGUUAGCACCGUUAGUGCCGUUAGCCGCAGGCUAGGCGUCGCCAUGUUGAGAACCAUCGAGAGGCAAUCGAAAUGCUCCUAAUCUCUUUGUCUUGCACAUUUUAACAUCAUUAACAGUUUGAUGGUUGUCUAGUUAUUGAUAAGAAGGAUUCUCCAUUACAAUCGAGGACCAGUAGAAGGUAUGACGCCGCCUGAAUAUAUGUCUCUGCCCCCCCCAGCGAAUGAACGCUCGGCUCAUAUCUUUAGCUUGAGUAAAGUUUUACGAAUAUUAAUCUUUCGCAGAUCAGAAAUUCAUGAUACGUGUUUUCAAGUUUCCUGCUCAUCACUUACUAUUUUUGAGUAAAUUCUGAUUUGGGCAUUGUUUAAAAUGUAAAGAAUUAAUGUAACCAGUGAAAUGGAAGAAGAACAAUAAUGCAUAUAAGAAAUAAAAAGCCCACGAUGAACCAUUCAAAUCAAAUCCUUACAAUGAGGUCAUGUGACCUAACUGCAGUAGCAGUGAACAGUCCAUUUCCCCAUUUUAUAUUAAAUUAAAUAUAAUACAGUCAGUUACUGUAAAUGCAUUGUACCAUGAUGCAGGUACUGUAAAUAUGUUUUGUUGUAAGAUUUUGGGGGGAAUUGUGUGUAAAACUGUAAAGAUUAUAGUGAACACUAACUGUGUAAAGCCCUGACAUGAAGGUUAUUUAAAAACUAAAAUAAGCUAUUUCCUUUCUUUUUAUACAUUAGUAUAUAUAUUCGACUGCUUUGUCCAGGCACGUCUAUUUUUAUAUUGUGUCGUACUGUUUACAGUGGGAUUGAAUAAAGAAUCUGCCUGGACCGGA